AUGCGGGACGAUACCCCGUCCGUAGUGACGCUACAGCUACCUCGUGCUGAGACAGGUCUAGAGGGCUUCGCGAGGUCAUGUGUGGCUCCUCAUAAAUUUUCCAAUGCUGUGGCAGCUUUUCCAAUUUCCGAGAUCGAUGAUUUGAGAAUCGAACAGGCUCUUGUAAUCAAGGAUCUUUUAUUUGUGAUGCUAGGACACGAAGGAUCGUAUAUUCGGUACUCGGAUCGGUAUAAUUCCAGUGAUAGCCAGCAAUUGGUUCUUGGACCAGACUUUCGUAUUGCCAAACACAUGGAUAUAAGUCUCAAAGGUAUUGCCAAAAAGUUGGUUAGAAUUGGUAAACAGUAUUGUGGAGUCAACGCGUUUAUCCAGCUCUAUGACGAGCCGGCUUAUGGCAAGGUAAUUCAAAGAUUGUGCUACGAAAUAUCUCGUUUCCUCUACGAUUUCCACGCGACCAUUGAACAAUUGGAACGCCAAUUUAAUAAUGACACUUCAUUCACCAUCAGCAUUUUCGAAAACGCAUUGGACCAAACGGUGGUUCCUCGACUAAGUCUCUUGUACGACCUUGUGGUCGCAUUGGACCAAGAUGAUCGGUCUCGAGAGCUAGUUCGUGCCAAUCCUAGUCAUCAUAAUUUCUCCAAUUUCAUCGAAAACAUCCAAAGAGACUUGAGACAGUCCGGCGACAUCAACAUGGCAGCAGAAACAACUUCAUUGAGUAGAUGUAAGGGUGGAGUGGCACUCAAUAUACUUCAUUCCCAAAUUAACCAACGCAAUGGAGACCCACAAGCGUUUGGAUUUUUGACCUCGAUCUACAACGUUAUUGCAGCCGACUACGUUACCAUGCUCAACAAAUGGCUCAAAGAUGGUGAGGUAGAUGACCAGUUCGAUGAGUUCUUCAUCAAGGAAAACAACGUGCCCAGUAUCAUCGACAUGAACUCCGAAAAGUACUGGGAUGAUUUGUAUAUGAUUCGAAUCGACGGAUUGGUUCACCAGUUUAGCCGAAACGACAUACAAGCCAAGAUUCUAGCGACGGGAAAGUACCUUAAUGUCUUCAAACAGUGCACCAAUAUCAAUGAUUUUCUGGGAUUUGGCGAACAUAUUGAACCAAUUGUGAACUUGCAUGCUCAAGACUUGGAGGUCAAGGUUGAGAGGUAUUUUGACCGAGCCAACAGAUUCAUGCUAAAACUACUCUUUGAAGGUAUGGACGUGGUACAACUAGUAACAGGUUUUCAGCAAGCUUACUUGAUCGACGAUGCAUUCACCACUAACUCAUUCAUUGCCAGGACAUUUAACGAUCUCCGCAAAAACAAGUAUGGCAUAUCCACAACCCGUUUAACCUCCUCUUAUAAGGAAAUUACCAACGCCGGCAGGAACGGCGAGCUUAACGAAAACAGCAACGCACACACACUUCUCAGACAAAAUCAAAAUAUCUCUGUUGACUCAACCAACUUUUUCGACUUGGCCAAUGAAAUUUUAAACGUUCAAUCCUUCGAUGCCCAGAACGCUCUACAGAGUGGCAACGCAACGGCCGCUUUCAAAUCGCUCAUUAAUAGGACUGUUGAAGCUGGUAAUGUGUCUUCAUCUGCAUCUGACAAUACGCAAUACAACAGCAAGGGCAUAGAUGAGUACACAAUUUCAGGUAUAAAUUUGGAAUGUGGUUUACCAUUUCCGUUGAACUUGAUAUUCACCCAGAGCUUUGUGUUUGAGUAUCAAAUGAUGUUCAAGCUUCAAAUGCUCCUAGCAUAUAUGACACAACAGAUGAAUGUGACAUGGACAGAGAUCAAUUGCUCUACCGUUUGGAAAUUUCCAGGAUACGAGCGAAAAGUUACCAAAUGGCUUUUACGGUGCCGUGUUUUGCACAAGCGAAUGAAGGACUUUGUCAGCCAGUUCCAACUGUAUGUCGAUUAUGACGUUGUACAGCCUUCGUAUGAGGAGCUAACGACGUACUUGCUGAAUGUGACCACAUCACUUGAUGCGGUCAAACUAAUUGAACAAAAGCGAUACAAUGGAAGCGAGCCAACUCACCCAUUAUCAGACUCAAGCAUGUACAAUUACUACAACGACAAGUCCCACGAUAUUUUUGACGAGAAGAUCAAGCUGCAACAAAGUGAGAGCGAAACCAGCGCACUUAGAAUGGACGAAGUGACCACACGAAUGGGAUCGUAUUUGAAUGGAAUUCUACGGGAUAGUUUUCUCACAAAUCGAGAUUUGAUCACGGUGCUCAAAAGUAUUUUGUACAUUAUUAUCCAGUACAACGAGCAGUUGGUCAGGUUCAAGAAGCACAUCAUCAUGCUCCAUCCAGUGUUGUUCGAGCAAUACAGCAACGACUACCCCGCCAAAUUUGACGGAGCUCGAAUGAGCCAGCAAGAUAUUGACAACCGAUACGAAACGCUUAACGAAAUUGUCACUGAUUACUAUCAACGGUUCAACGACACGUUAAGCGAGUUUAUCUACAGCGCCAAAGCGGUGGGCGAGUUGGAGAACCAAAGGCUCCUUGUGUUGGUGGAACGACUCGACAAGUGUUUUCCUUCAUAG